AUGUCGUCACGAAAGUGCAAAUACGAUGCUGAUGCAUUUUGUUUUAUAUGUGGUCAAUUUAUUAAAGUUCGAGACGUGAAAUAUGAACUAAAGACAUCUCACGUUCUCUGUGAAGCCUAUGAAGCAUAUUUUGACUGUCCUGUACGGAAUCAAGAUAAGCCAUGGGCUCCACAUGUUGCUUGUAGUUAUUGUAAAAGGUGUUUGGAAGGUUGGUAUCGAGGUGAGAAAAGGUCUAUGAAAUUUGCAAUACCAAGGAUUUGGCGAGAACCAAAAGACCAUAUUACUGACUGCUACUUUUGUAUGGUGAAUCCGAGUAAAAGACGUAGAGGUAAAAAUGCAAAAUCUAUUGAAUAUCCUGACCUCGAAUCUUCUUCUGCUCCAAUUGCUCACGACCUGACACGACCAGUACCUGAGCCACCAAAAAAAUUAUCGCAGAAAAGUAGCUCAUCUUUUAGUUCUUAUAAAAGUAAUUCCGAUAAGGAGUUUUUGACUACACCUGAACAACCAAAACACUAUCUCAUUACUUCAGAAGAUUUUAACGAUCUAAUUAGAGAUUUAAAUUUGCCAAAAAAUAAAGCAGAGCUUCUAGGCUCUCGGUUAAAACAGUGGAAUUUGCUUGAUGAUGUUAAGAUCACGGAUCAGCGGACUAGGCAUGAAAUGUUUGCAACGUUUUUCACGAAGGAAGAUGGACUUUGUUUUUGUAAUGACAUUAAAGGUAUGUUUGAAGCAAUUGGCAUACCCUGUGUCCCUAGCGAAUGGCGUUUAUUCAUUGACAGCUCUACAAAAAGUUUAAAAGCAGUUCUAUUGCACAACAGAAAUAAAUUUCCGUCUCUUCCAAUUGCUCACUCAGUACAUCUUAAAGAAAAUUAUGAAAGUGUCAAAAUUUUGCUUGAAUGUGUAAAAUAUCGUGAGUAUAACUGGGAGCUGAUUGGAGAUUUUAAAAUGGUGGGAUUUUUAAUGGGGCUACAGGGUGGAUAUACAAAGUAUCCGUGUUAUUUGUGCUUGUGGGAUAGCAGAGCGGAUUCUAAACACUAUAUUCAACGGUCAUGGCCUGUAAGAACAGAAUUGUGUGUCGGAAAACAGAACGUCAAAUUCGAGCCGAUUUAA